GGUUCGUAUGGAAGUGGAUAUCGCCACAGCUGGUUAUUAAGAAGCCAGUUAAACCUGUAGCAUUUGUAUUUUUAAGAAGCUUAUUAUCAGAAUAGGAAACUCAUGAGAAAGAAUGUUUCCUGAAUCAGUUGGGUUAUUGGCAUCACAAAUACGGCACGGCAUCAAGGUAUCCUUCUCAAAAUCUUCAUCUUAUUCAUCCCAAAGGAACUUCUACUCAGCUUCUAGGGUAUCCAUGAUGUCUACAUUAGCGAGGUCACCGUCUGUGGUCGUCUAUAGUGAAUGUACUGAAGGUCCAAAGGGUAUCAAAGAGUGUCUUAAGACCAUUAGUCCAAAGAUCUUUGAAGGAUGUACCUUCGUCGACCGAAAUGAAGAACCAUUGUCAGAUGAAUCUGUGGAGAGUUUCCGCAAGGCAGAAAUAGUUCUGAUGGAUACAGAGAGACUCCCUGCUUUGAUGACAACUUUAGAGAAUGUGAAAUGGGUUCAGUCUACAUGGGCAGGGGUCGACGCCUUCAUCAAUAAAAUUGACCCUGCUCUGCUGCCCCCUAAGUUUACCCUUACCCGAUUGGCUGGUGUGUUUGGCACUCACAUGGCUGAGUAUGUCAUAGGUCAUAUCCUGGCUCAUGAGAGAUCUUUCAAGUUUCUUUGGGAGGCUCAACAAAAGAAAGAAUGGGCCCUGGAUGAAUACUCUGCUACUAAGGGUUAUCAACUCUUAGCGGGAAGGACAAUAUCAGUCAUUGGUGCUGGAGAUAUAGGAACAGAGAUUGGAAAAGUUUGCAAGGCUUUCAACAUGCGUGUUAUAGGACUAGUGAGGAGAGACGUACCCAAGGAGCAACGCAAUGCUGCAUUUGAUGAAUACAGGUUAACCGAAGAGCUUCCCUAUGUUCUUGAAGAGGCUGAUUUUAUUGUAAAUGUUCUUCCAAGCACUGAGCAAACCAUGGGAUUCUUUUCAGGAAACACACUCUCUCAUUGUAAAAAGAAACCUGUCUUCAUAAAUGUUGGCAGAGGAGAUGUAAUUGAUGAAGCAAGUCUUAUCAAUGCUAUCAAGGAAGGAUGGAUAUGUCAUGCAGUACUUGAUGUUUACAAACCAGAACCUCUCCCCAAGGAGAGUCCAAUUUGGACUAUGCCAGAGGUCACCAUAACUCCACAUGUUUCUGCUCAGACCCAUGCGCCAGAGAUAACGGGGCUUUUUGCUGAUAACUACCAACGUUACAUAAAUGGAGAAACUCUGAGACAUCAAAUAAACUGGGCGGCUAAGUACUAGGAGGUGGAGAUUAUGAAGAAUGUCUUUAGGAGAACUUGAAGCUUCCAGGAUUUAAUUCAACUGAAUUUGAAUUCAUUUCUUCAUCUUCUUUUUAGAACACAUGUAUAAAGAGUCUGCAUUUUGAACUGUCGCAUUUAGUGUUACUAUGUUCAAGUCAAAUGUACUAUUCUGUAUCCAUUUGUAUCUUAUUGAUCUUUAUAAUCUGUAAUUUUGUAUUGACAUGCAAACGAAACGAAUUUCCAAUAAUUGGACAAUAAAAUUUGAAAUAAGAGUUGAGUUGAAAAGCAUGACAUAUGUACAAA